GGCCGGGCGCCGGCGCAGGCUCCUCGGGUCGCGCGGGCCGCGGUGCAGCAGUGGCGAUGCGGCCCCUGCUUGGCCUCCUCCUGGUCUUCGCCGGCUGCACCUCCGCCCUGUACUUGUUGUCGACGCGACUGCCCCGCGGGCCGAGAGUGGGCACGGCGGACGAGACAGGCGGCAGGUUCGUGGCCGGGCGGCGAGGUCUCAGGAAGGGAGCCAGGUCGCUGUGGUUCCCCUCAGACCUGGCGGAGCUGCGGGAGCUCUCCGAGACCCUUCGAGAGUACCGGAAGGAGCACCAGGCCUACGUGUUUCUGCUCUUCGGCAGCGCCUACCUCUACAAGCAGGCCUUUGCCAUCCCUGGCUCCAGCUUCCUGAAUGUUUUAGCUGGUGCCUUGUUUGGGCCGUGGCUGGGCCUUCUGCUGUGCUGUGUGUUGACCUCGGUGGGCGCCACGUGUUGUUACCUGCUCUCCGGCAUUUUUGGCAAACAGCUGGUGGUCUCCUACUUCCCUGAGAAAGUGGCCCUGCUGCAGAGGAAGGUGGAGGAGAACAGAAACAGUUUGUUUUUCUUCUUACUGUUUUUGAGACUUUUCCCCAUGACACCGAACUGGUUCUUGAAUCUGUCGGCCCCGAUUCUGAACAUCCCCAUUGUACAGUUCUUCUUCUCUGUUCUUCUCGGGUUGAUCCCCUACAACUUCAUCUGUGUGCAGACAGGCUCCAUCCUGUCAACGCUUACCUCACUGGAUGCCCUGUUCUCCUGGGAAACUGUCCUUAAGCUGCUGGCCAUUGCCCUGGUGGCCUUAGUUCCUGGGACCCUUAUUAAAACAUUUAGCCAGAAACACCUGCAUUUGAAUGAAGCAAGCACUGCUGAUUAUCUGAAUUGUAAAAAAGACACGUGAUGUGGAUUUUCUGGCCGUCACAUCUGUGGACUCUGUUGCUUAUUUAUGAACUGGGUGUGGUCCUCUAAAGCCCCUCAUUGUUUUUUAAUUACCCUAAACCCAUGAUUUGGAAACUGCUCAUCAGUGGGCACUGUCUUGUCAUAAAAGACACUUAUGUUCUAGGAGGUGAAUUAUAUCAGGUUCAUUCUCAAACUCACCCUGGUUUAGCAGGGCAUUCUGGGAAACCCUGUCUGUAUCUUACUGACUUACAGGGGAACUCAGGACAGUCUGUUGUCUUUGCCCCUUUCCAGCCCUGAGCUGAUUGUCCCUCUGGAGGGCACCUCUCGAAGCGAUAGGCUGUUGGGACAAGGGUUUCCUGGUAAGUCCCUCGUUGAUGUCAUUAGGGUAGAUGACGCGUGAAGCCACGUCACUCCUCUUAGCCUACUGGAGAGUGUUUCUUCUCUCACUUUCUGUUGGUGGCCUACCUCUUCCGUGAGCCAAGGGAACAAGCUGACGAACUGCACCAGACUUCCCAGAUGGUUCCAACAAUGCGUAAUGGUUUCUGUGAUGCCGUUUGUCUUCAGACACACUGACCUGACUGUGUGUAGCAAACCUCGUCAUGGUUGCAUGUCCUGACAAUUAAGCUGACUGCAAGCAAGACUACUCAGUAUGAAGGGAGCAAACUCUAUGUUAUGGAGAAACUCUUACCCAUCGGAUGGGGCAGGGCCCUUUACUAAGCUGAAUCCAGUGACCAUCAGUACAUUUUCUCAUCUUUCCUUCCUGUGUGGGCGUCUCUUCAACAUUCUCCUGCUAGGAUGGAUUCAGCACACUAGGAUAUCAGUCACUGUACCAUCUGAAUGUUUUUCAUUUUGUCAUUUGCCGAGAGAACUGAAGCAUAAUCUUAUCUCUUAAUUCAGAAAGAAACACUUGGUUUCUGAUUUUUGCUUGCGUUGUAUCUCAGUUAUCUGUAGCCCUCAUUGCUUCUGCAGCUGUAGUACUGAGUUGGCACAGAUCUGGGUUAAUGAUUCCAAAGACAGAAGGACCUUAGUGCCAGCCCUGGUGAACUCUGUGAUCCUCUAGCCCACAGGAGUAACUCAUCAUCACCAGACUCUGGCCCGUGGGUAUCCUUUGCUGGGUGUUUCCUUGGCUUGGCCGAGACUCUUGCCAAGAGCUUUAAUCUAGGCCUCUGGUUCUACACGGAUUCUUGGGAAUACUCAUGUUCGUUAGGAAGAAUGGAUUCCCAAGCUGUGUUUUUGGGAUGUGGUAUAAUCCUUUCACACCAAGAAGUUCAUUUAAAAAAUGUUUCUUUAAAAGAAGUCUUGAUAGCAAGAGUCGGGUAGGGAGGGGGCAGAUUGGACUUGGGACUCGUGGCUCUGUGUUCUGUGGAGGGGAAGGGAAGGAGGAAUGGGCUUUUUGUAAGUGCGUGCCCUUUGCCCUCGGUCAGGAUCCUGAGAUUUUCCUCCGUCCCCCAGUUUUGCAACAAUGUGCCUUAUCAGUUACGAGUUUAUAGGCAAUCAGUUUCCCAAAUAAAUGGAUGUAAGUG